CUGCCGCCCCUCGAGGCCAAGGCACCUUCUGGGGGCCACCGCCCCUUGUCCGGGGGUCGGGAGGGGGGUGCAUGUGUUUGCUUUUGAGGGGAAUUCUACCACCAGGGAAGUUUUCCAGGAAACCAUUGCUUCCACUUAAAAAACCUUCCCACUUCCUGAGAAGAGACCGAAAGCAGGCAGGAGCCCUGUAAGCCGCCCACUGCCCUGCCCCGCCCCACCUUCCAGAACCAUCCCCGUGCGCGUCUGGUCCGUGGCACGAAGGCGUGCAGACAGACCACCGCCCUGCAGUACCCCUGAGGCCGCACUCCCAUGUCACACGGCGUGCUUCUGUCCUGUGUCGCCAGGUGACAGGGUCUCAGCUUAAACUCCCAGAGCCAUCCGCGGGAGGCCCCAGCGGAAGGGAGUCUGCAGGUUGAAGACAGACCUCGAACGAGGAAGUAUCUAAGCCGCGUCGGAGGAGGAGCAGAAGGUGGCCCACAGGGGAUUCCUGUCCCUUGACCUGUCCCCAGAGGGGCCUGAGAGCGGCCAGGUUUGCAGCGCGACCCCCCCGGGCAGCCUUCUCCCGUGUGUCUGCGUGUCCUUCUGCGAGGACAGCCGUCAUCGGACUAGGGACACCUGGAUAAUCCAGGAGGAGCGCGUCCCGAGAUGCUCAGUCACCUCCGCAAAGCACCUUUUUCCAAAUAAGAUCUCGGGGGAGGCCGGGGACGCCGCGAAUCUCUGGUCCCCCGUCCCCGCGGCUGACAGCAGCGCCCUGCCCGGGGCCACUCUGCAGAGGCCUCGCCGGGGAGCACGGGCCGGGCACGGGGCCACCAUGUCCAACCCCUUCCUGAAGCAAGUUUUCAACAAGGACAAGACUUUCCGCCCCAAGCGCAAGUUCGAGCCGGGCACCCAGCGGUUCGAGCUGCACAAGAAGGCGCAGGCGUCGCUGAACGCGGGGCUCGACCUGAAGCUGGCCGUGCAGCUGCCCCCCGGCGAGGAGCUCAGCGACUGGGUGGCCGUGCACGUGGUGGACUUCUUCAACCGCGUCAACCUCAUCUACGGCACCAUCGGCGACGAGUGCACGGAGCAGUCCUGCCCGGUCAUGUCCGGCGGCCCCAAGUACGAGUACCGCUGGCAGGACGAGCACCAGUUCCGCAAGCCCACGGCGCUGUCGGCCCCCCGCUACAUGGACCUGCUCAUGGACUGGAUCGAGGUGCAGAUCAACAACGAGGAGCUCUUUCCCACCCACGUGGGCACGCCGUUCCCCAAGAACUUCCUGCAGGUGGUGAGGAAGAUCCUGUCGCGACUGUUCCGCGUGUUCGUGCACGUCUACAUCCACCACUUCGACCGCAUCGCGCAGAUGGGCUCCGAGGCGCACGUCAACACCUGCUACAAGCACUUUUACUACUUCGUCAAGGAGUUCGGCCUCAUCGACACCAAGGAGCUCGAGCCGCUGAGAGAGAGGAAGUGGGGGAGGGGCAGAGAGAGGAUCCCAAGUAGGCUCUGCCCGGUCAGCGCAGAGCCCAGUGUGGGGUUCGAUUUCACGACCACGAGACGCUCACAACCUGAGCUGAAAUCAAGAGUCGGAUGCUCAACCGAGUGAGCCACCCAGGUGCCCCGAUUUUUUUUUUUUUUAGCUUCGUGCCCCGAUACCCUCAUCAUUUCUCCCGUAUCGAUGCUUCCAGUUCUUUCUGGGGCCAGCGAGACUUCCCCAGGCUGUGUGUAAAGGGCGUGGGCUGGUGCUCAUCUGCCCGCUGCUGCUGCACACCGGGGCUCCCGGGGUCUUGCUGUCGUGCAGACUUCGCGCCUUAGCGUUUACGCGUUGCCGCAGCCGCUCUCCCUCGACAACACUGCCUUUUUGGCCCUUCACAGGAUGGCUUGGGCCCCCCCCCCCGCGCGCCACCCGGUUAUCUGUUCCGUUGUUCGUAAGGUUUGGCGAGAAAUGAAGCCUGCGGGUCCCUUGAGGCCGGAUCUGCUUUUUUGGGGUGUGGUUUCUGUCCUUCUCGUCCUGACGUCCCGCUCGUUCUUAACAGAAAGAAAUGACUGCACGGAUGUGCCACUGAGCGCCGCUCGGCCCUGCGGCCACCGAGGCAGUGCCCAGGGGACACUCUAGCCUGAGGGCCACGUCUCCGGAACAUGGGCCCGUGCUUUCUAGAAAGCCCAGCAAGUGAUCGGAGCUCCAUGCUGUCGCGGCUACGCUGAGCGCCGGGGUCGAGUCCUCCCCGAUCCCAGAUGCAGCAGCCGUGGGUCUGGCCACCCUGAGCCCGUCUCCUCGGCCGGCAUUGAACUUGGACUCCGUGGUUGUAUGUGUUGGGCACCUGGGAAAACCCACUGUGUUUGUAAAGCACUUGCGUUUGCCCAGUGGGCCCGCACGGACCUGUGCCCUGCGGGCAGCCGGCGCCUGGGAGCCCCGUGUCUGCUUCACGACAGGUACGACAGGGACCCCACAGCCUGCCUCCCGGCCCCCCCGGGCCCCUUCGUGGAUCAUGAAAGAUACGAUUUUUCUUUUCCUACACGGGAGCCUGCCUUCCCCUUUAGAAGAAUAUCCCCUCUCCCGUGUGGACAACACAGGAUGAGUCCCCUGGAACCGCUCUCCUGGGCAGGAUCUUUGAGUCUUGCCAGAUGUUAGCUGGCCAAAUGUCCUCCUGCAGAGCCUGCCAGCUUCACAUCGAAACCCUCUGUCUGCGUGGCCCUGUGUGGCUGUGGGAUCCGAAUCCCACCACUGUCUCCCACGGGCCCUGGGAGGGGUGGCCAGGGCCCCGUCGGGGGCUGCACCGAAGUGACCACGGGAAGCCCCGUUCUGCCCCGAGUGCGUGCCUCUGCCUGCCCACACAUCCUCCGUGGCCUCUCGCCGUGGCUGCCCUUCCAGUGUGGACCGUGCCGACUCAGUACCUCUGGGUGUCUGGGAUGCUCGCAGACGUGAGGGGCACCGUCACCCAGCACCGAACAAGUGCAAUUAACAUGAGCUCGGGCCUCGGUCCUUCCGGAAGCCUCCGGGGCCCAGCUCAGCGGGGGGCCUGGCAAGACAGCCUCCCAGGACGAGGCAACUGUCCAGUCGAAUGUCGCCCCUUCACAUGCAAGACCACAGCCAAACCGCAGAACCACUGUGCGCCCCAGGGUUCCCAGCUGCUCCCGCCGUGCGGCCAGGCCGGGGACGGUGUGGCAGGGACCCUCUGCAUCCUCCCCGCCCACGGGUGUUCCCACCCGAGCAUCAGAAUAAAUUGUGCUAUUUUUGUA